AUGAAAAGUCUCUUGUUAUGUCUCUUCCAGGGUAGAUUCCGGCCGAAAUCCUGCGUCGAAUAUGGGCAGCAAGGUGCCUACAAAGAUGGAGUUUAUAAGAUUUAUGACAACAGCGGAAACACUUUCCCAGCCUACUGUGAUUUGAGAUCUGAGCCUGGUAUUGCAUGGACACUGGUCAUGUCGUGGAGUAGAGAAAAUCGCGGUAUUUCUUCAUUUAAAAGAGCCCCAUUUCAGAUCAAUGCCGCAGAAAACGAGAAUUCCUCGAAGUGGGAUCGUUACCGCUUAAGUCUGGAGCGAAUGAGAUCUCUGCAAGCUCACUCCACCCAUUGGCGAGCAACAUGCAGCUAUCCGACCCACGGCAUCGAUUUCAGAGACUACCUCCGUGGAAACUUCAAAGACUUUAACAUCAUCGACUUCCUCGGGUCGGGCACGUGCAAGAGAGUGGAAUACAUUAACAUCAGGGGUUACAACGGCACGAAUUUGACGGCGCCUUUCUGGCAACUAAUCAAUACAUUCACUCUGCAUAUCGACAGUAGAUACACCAAAUGUGAGUUUAACGCUGCUAGUACUGGCGCCGUGUCAAGUGAAGACAACUUUGGCUACUAUGGGUCCUUCAACACCAACUUUCGCUGCACACAGGGCACCCAGUCCACCACCCAGUGGUGGUUUGGAGCUCUUGUCUAA